CCAAGAGUAACAGUGUCUUGAAAGUAAAAGUGCUUAAAUUAAUCGGAAGAAUUUUUUUUAUUUUUUAUUUGUUCAUUGUCUGGUCAGGAAACUUUAUUUUUCGACAAUUUAUUAAUGAUGUAAAAAAUUUCAGCGAACGAAGCUUUCGCUAAUAAAAUUAGUGCUAAUAAAAUAAAAGAAAAUAUUUUUUUUGGCAGUUUAAGAAGGAAGUGAAAUUUUUUGGAAAGGUUUCAAAAGUGAAUAAAUUUUAAUAAACUUAGAUCCAAAAAAUAAAAGUGAAUAAAGUGCAAAACUAGUUCUACGACAUUCGAAUUGAAGAAAGCAAUAAGAUUUCCAAUUGUUAUAUAAUAACUGCAGUGAUCUUGAUUAAGUUUCAAUGAUGAAGGUUGCAGGUGUAUUAUUGUACCUUGUUUUAGCAUUAGAAUUGUCGCAUGCGAUCACGGUUAAGCCAACCAACAAGCAGUCAAUUACAGAGACUUCAUAUGUUGAUGCCAAGAAAAAUCCACAAAGUAAAGAUCACGAAGAGCGAGUAGCUCGAUAUGUGCCGUACAUAACUUCGAGACACCACUUAGAUAAUAAUGUAAAUCUUGUUAGAUAUCUCCAAUCCCUGCCAAAAGCAAAUCAACCAAUUCCAAGCAUUGCUUAUUUAUAUGGAAAUGCAAUUAAGCAAACACCACACAUUCAAGCUGGAUUUAUUUACAAAGCACGACCAGAGCAUGGCAAUAAAGAUUCUUAUCGAACAGCAACUAUGUACCCUAUUUAUAAUCGUGCAGUUCCAUCUGAAAAUCGUCAUGUGAAAUAUCAGCAAUUAUAUAAUCAGCCAAAACAUCCAGCACCUGUGUCACUACCAAAAAUUAAGCAUUAUACUCCAUUCUUACCUUCUAAUAAGGUUCCAGGUGAUUGGCAGCCAAUGACUUUACCAAAACCAGUAAAUUAUGCAAAAGGACAUGUCUAUAAUGACUAUAUAAGUCAAAUUGCAUUGACCAACAAUGAACCGAAUGGAGACUUUAUUCCCAUAACAACACAUCCAUUAAAGCAUGCAUCAACCGCACCUCCAGAACAGAACUACAUAAAAUCCAACAUCAAGUCCAUAAAAAUAAUGAGUCCACCAGUUCAUUACGAGCAGCAUGAGAAGCCAUUGAUUUACACCACAACAGCAAAACCAAUUGCAAUUUCAACCGCUAAACCAGCACAGCCCGCAGAGGAUUCAUUCGAGUUCGAGGAACAGCUCAUUUAUGAAUACCAACCGAGCUAUCAAAAUAAAACUGAUAAAAGCGAGGAAGAGCAGCCCAAGCAACAAUAUCAUGAAUAUAACAUUAAUCCACAUCAUUUGAAUUAUGAAAAUGAGGAAUUGACAACGAUUCGAUAUGAAAUUGAAUCAUCGUCGGAGAAUAUAAAACCGCAUAUAAAUUUCACGCGCAUCACACCGGUUCCGAAUGUUUUGAAAAUUUAUAAGCACGAGAAGGAACAACAAAAUGCUGAAAUCAAUGAUGCUGAAACUGAUUAUUACAAUAAAGAUAAUGAUAAUGAUUAUGAUGACGUCAUCAGAGAUGGCUCGCCAGGACCCAACAGUGGUCGUCCAGGAAUUGACUACCCAAACUUUCAUAAAAUUCCAGAAACAUCAUUCAGUUGCAAGGAACAACGUUACAAGGGAUUCUUUGGAGAUCCCGAUACAAAAUGUCAAGUGUGGCAUUACUGCGAUCUUAAUGGUGGUAAAUCUAGUUUCUUAUGUCCAAAUGGAACAAUUUUCAGUCAAACAGCUUUAACGUGUGACUGGUGGUUCAAUGUUAAGUGCUCAUCAACAGCUCAAUUGUAUGUGCUUAACGAACGUCUUUAUAAAUUUAUUUUGCCAUUUUCACCGAAGUUUCCGCAAGACUUUCAAGGACCAUUAGUCGAUAAGUACCUCGCGAUGAAAUUCGAAGAAAUGGAAGAAGCACGACUGAAAGAGAAUGAAGAAAAAGCCGCAACAGAAACAACAACGAUAGCAGAACCAGAACAUGAAGAAAAUAUUCCGGUCGCUGACAGAGCAAAAGAAGAAGAAGUAGUUAUUGUAGACACGACUGAUAAUACAGUCGAUGGUGCAAAUGACGUCCAUCAUGUAAAGUCUGAGGAAAUUCCACAGCAUAUAGUAGAAACUUCAUAUGAGCAAGAGCCUAUGCAAGAAUUAGAAGUUGGUGUAGAAAUUCAUAAUUUUGGCAGUUCGGGUCAUUUAUCGCCAUUACUACAUGCAAAUUCAGAGUCAUAAAUUAUAACUUUAUUGACGUUUCAAAUGAAUGCUGGCAAUCUAGAUCU